GACAAGGCUAAUCAAUGGCUGUCCCACGCCGAAAUUACCCACGGCUCUCUCCUUUUGGGCUGCAGUAAGUAUAAAAAGUCGUCCAAACACUGCCAGGGUUGCACCUCACUUCUUUCUCUCGACUCCCAUCCACUCCAUCGGUCCUUUCCUUCCAUUCCUCUUUUCACACUCCCAUUCCUCUUUCCAUUUAUUCCACUCCAUCAUGUCUAUGUCAAACGCCAACUUCCCUAUGGAUGCCGAGGGUCGCACCUACCAUGUCGGUGUGAAGCGUGGCGAGCUGGCGAACAGGAUCUUGACGGUCGGUGAUCCAGCCCGUGCGAUCAUCCUCUCCCGAUCGCUGGAUGGUGUCAAUCUCGAGAAUACGGCAUCAAAGGCGAUUCCCUCGAACCUCUUCAGCUUCGCCUCCCACCGUGGGUUCCUGACCAUCACUGGUCUCUACAAGGGUGUGCCAGUCUCCAUUGUUGCCAUCGGCAUGGGCGUGUCGAUGAUGGACUUUUUCGUUCGCGAAUGCCGCGCGGUCGUUGAUGGCCCCAUGAUCAUCAUCCGUCUCGGCUCCUGCGGUUCCCUCUCCGACGCUACCGUCGGCGACAUCUGUGUGCCCUCAGGUUCAUACCUCGUCCAACGCAACGUCAACCACUUUGCCGACGACGUCUCGGCCGUGGACGUGGCAAUGCCUUAUCAUCUCUCGAAGGUCUUCACGGCAGAUGAGGAGAUCGCCAAGACGCUCGUGAAGAACAUGUCAUUGCAGCUCGGGUCUGACCACGUCUGGUCCGGAAUCAAUGCUACGGCGGAUUCGUUCUAUUCGUCGCAGGGUCGCCAGGAUGAGAACUUUGUGGACGAUAACCAGGAGCUCUUUACGGAACUGGUGAGACAUGAGCCCAGAACGAUGACGCUCGAGAUGGAGACGUUUGUGUUGUUCCAUUUGGCAAAAACUUCAACGGGUGCGCCCCUGAUCCGGUCCGGCAGCAGUGGCGCCAAUGGCGAGGAGACACUUAGGAAGAACAGCAUUCGGGCGGGCGCGUGUAUGAUGGUGUUUGCACAGCGCAAGUCGAAUGCGUUUAUUGCGAAGGAGGAUGUGAUCAGGGUGGAGCCGAUCGCUGGUAAGGCGGCGUUCGAUUCGUUGAUUGAGGUGUCUUUGGGAGGCGUGGAUGCGUUGCACCCGAAUGGAGGCAGUGUCUGGGAGAGGGCGUUGUCGGCCAUCGGGGCUAUCUGAGACAGACUACAAGAGACAAAGGUAGUCCGCGGGAUGCAUGAAUAGUGUACACAGGAUUUUUGUUAGACUCUCUAGAAAAAUGUAUAUAUUCUCUUUUUUCCUUUCGGACCUGAAAAACAAAAAGCUUGGUGUGCUGUUGAAGAGGAUGGGAUGAUGGUUGUAGAUGGAGUUGAAGAGAGAAAAAAGCAUGCCGUUGUAUCGUACGAUUCC